AGGAAGGAAUGCUAUAAAUAAGGGUGCCACGCCGACGUAAAAUCUAGUGUAACAACACUCGCACUCGGAUUCGGUUCUUGUUACAACUGCCAACCCUACACAAACACCAUGGACACUGACGAUGACCAAAAGAUGGCCAUGCUGCGCAAGGCCUUCCAGAUGUUCGACACCACCAAGUCCGGAUACAUAGAUGUCCUGAAGAUCUCAACCAUCCUCAACACCAUGGGUCAGCUCUUUGAUGACUCAGAACUGCAAGCACUCAUCGACGAAAAUGACCCAGAAAACUCUGGCAAAAUCAACUUCGAUGGCUUCUGCAACAUUGCGUCCCACUUCUUGGAGGAGGAAGAUGCUGAGGCUAUGCAACAGGAACUGAAGGAAGCUUUCAGGUUAUACGACCGUGAAGGCAACGGUUACAUCACCACUUCUACCCUCAAGGAGAUCCUGGCUGCCCUCGAUGACAAGCUCAGUUCGAGCGACUUGGACGGCAUCAUCGCUGAAAUUGACACUGACGGCUCCGGAACCGUCGACUUCGAUGAAUUCAUGGAGAUGAUGACUGGAGACUAAACAAAUCGUCUGUCACUUUUAAAUUAUAGUAUUAUUAUAUUUAGAUGUUAUUUUUAUUGUAUUUUAAAAAGUUAAGACUAUGACAUUAGUACAAAACCUGAUGCGGUAUUAGCAUGGUUGUUUAAUUAAUUUGCACAUUUUACUCUAUCUUAUAGAUAGGCACUUGUUUAUGUAAUAAAGUUUAACCUACGAGGGUAGGCCAGGAUUUUUUUCUAAAUUCGUUUCAAAAAUUAUUUCCGGAAUAAUUUAAACGAAACGAGUUCACAAACAAUUAUAUGCUAAUAUUUAUAACGCAUUGCACAUUAUUGGGAGUAUACUUAAAACAUGAUCAUUAUAACGUCAAUACAAAA